CAGUUUUAGUGAAGUUAUUUGUUAGCUUCAACAAGAGUUUGUCUUCUUUAAUAAAUCUUAUCCAUUUUAAGCAGGGUGUUGAACCUUUUAAAGGGCUGAAAGGAGGCGUUUGUUUUACUCGGUGAUUAUCGUCUUUAAGUUUUGUGAUCAUCGCUGCUAUCAGUACAAACAACAGGUUACAAAAUUGUUUUGUUUUAUUUUGUUUUGACAACGCUUGAGUAAAGCCAGGGUCCAGCCUACCUUGUCGCCUCCAGCGGGGACGCCGACAUCUGGCCCCGGAGACAGCGGCUCGUCCGCGGCGGACAGCGGGUGGAGAAUCUCUGCGAUGUGUUUCUGCCCCGAGCUGGCCAGGCCUCGCUGGGCGCCGAUGCUCAUUGUGCGGCAGGCGCGGCGUCUCGCCUGGAAGUCGAAGCUAGGAGCUGUCCAGUUUCAGCGGCUAUUGGAGCUUUCACGGCAUCGUCGCGGAUACCUCACCAGGACGUCCUGAAAUCACCCCGCAGCCGCAGCCACGACUAUUACUACACACAAGGAAGAAGUGAACACCGGUCGUAUUAGGAGUAACAAUCUCAUAAUUCACGUGAUAUAGGUUAGAUAUAUCAAUUUUCUUCAUUUUUACGUCGGCAGUAUGGCUGCUAAUCCUUCAGGACCAGUCUUUCAGAACAAAGCCCGAGUGCAAAUAUUGGCUGAGCUGGAGAAAGAGAGGAAGCGGUUGAUACAGAAUCAGUCUGUGAGCACUCCAGGAGCCAGGACUUCCGGGAUAGUGCAGAGCAACAGCAUAUCGUCGCCCAGCAGAAAGCAGCCUUGCAGCAUGCACACGCACACUCGUCAGGCUUCUUCAUCACUCAGGACUCAUCAUUUGGUAACCUCAUUCUCCCUGUGCUGCCACGCCUGGCGCCUCAGUCAUGACCUUUUCACACGAGACGUGUGCACAUACGCUCACGUCUAACUUUGAAGCGCACCUCUUGGGUCUGUCAAAUGUGGACACCUGUGUAUCCUGGGAACAACCUCAGGGGAUUCAAUAAUUAACAAAUCUAAAUCCAAACAAAUCUUGCUCAACAUGUAUAUCACUGGUAUCCUUGGCUGUAUACUUUGUAUGCGUAUGUGUGACACAUUUCAUGGCACUGAUCACAUGAUUUUCCAUCAUAGGGCUAAUUUUGUUUAUUCCAAAUAAAUUAACACUUUGUGGAAAAUUAAUGUGUAAUACUGUACUGUAUUCCGCUGACUGUUUUUUUAUUUUAUUUUUAUGAGGAUUGACUGUCUAAGACCAGAUUGCUUAACUCAUGCCAAUUCUCCCAGUUCAAAUAGAUUGGAUGUUUAUUGCCAUCAAUGGCAGUCGAUGAGUCAAAUUCAAAACUUUUCUAUGUAGACUGCAAUGAUAAAAAUUUGCUAUACUGUACAGCCUUAGGUCAAGGUGGGCCUCAUUGAAAUGUUCACUUUUACCUAAUAAGAAUAAAAAACAAGUAUAUGAUCCACUAAAACCUCUGCAAAUGUGGAAUUAGACAUUAGAAAGAUCAGGUGUACCUAAUUGAGUGGAAAUUUUAUUAGGAUUUAUAUUGGUGAAUUGAAUGACUUCCUUAAACCUGUGGAGUAAUUGUCAAACGCAAAAUAUUUCUUUGGACCUGCUUCAUUGGACUCAUUUGGUAUAAAGUACUUCUGCUUGACCAGUAAAUGAUGUUACUACGUACUGAUUUUGGUACCGUUGAAGCAGGCAAAGCAGAUCAUGGACCAGCGAGUUGUGAAUUUCGGCCACAAGAGGUCAGCAGUGAACCUCUUGUCUGACCAUCACGACUUAUGUUCAAGUCUUUUUUUUUUUUUUUUUUUUCU